UGUGUUUUGGUUAGAAUAUAGUGUUUGUGUGUGUGUAACUGUGUGAUUAGUCGAAAUUGUUCCAUAAAUAUAUUUUACAGUUUCUGUAAAAGAAGGUCAAGUUGUUUGACAAACAGUACAUUUACUUUUUGAACUUGAGAUGGUUGUCUUCUUUUCUAUCUCUUUGUGUUUCUCUCAAACUGUUGAUUAUUUACUUCCUCUUACUGCCAAAAGCUUUAUUACUGACUGGGUUUGAGAACUUGUUAUUCACCCUAUUUAAUUAAUAGCAACAGCGGGCACAGCUUGGGCUCUGGAGGGAGUCGUUCUAAACUUAGAGUCAAUAGCCCUUACUCGUGUUACACGUUUCCCUGUUCUUUUCACUGACAGCCACACACACUGAGCCAGUAACCUACAAAAAAAAUGCUCUACUUCUCCGUUAAAUUUAUGAGCCAUAAGGACAUUUCAUGAGGCUGUGUUGUCCUUAAGAAUAUUCUUAAAAUAUGACUUUAUUGAAUAAAGUUAUUAAUGUUGGUAUCUGCUCUCUGAAGAUGUACUUUGGUAGUCUUUGCAGUAGCACUGUAUGGUCUGGUGUUCCCACUGUAAAAUAUUAUCUGAUGUGAGAUAAUGAAGAAAAUGCGUUUAAAUUUGAGUUGAAUAUGAAGAGAGAUGCUGUGAGUGUUAAGGAGCUGUGCUGAGAAAUGCCUCCUUGCUGUUUACAGCUGUUCAGACUCAUGGGAUCAUCACAAAUUGAAUUAGAAUCUGACUGAGUCCUCUCUGUACCGAACUCUGAGAUGAUCAGCAUUAUUCUGUAGAGAUAAGGAUCCUCUUUAUGCACUUAAGACAGGGAAACACAUUCAGUGGGGUUUUAGACAAGGAGAGACUAUUUAACACACUAUAAGGAUUUAUGAAUAUGAUUUGAAUGUGCAAAAUAUUUUACAUCAUACUCAUUUGGAUAUUUUUCCAUAAAACUUCAUGUGUUGCAUAUACAUCUACUUUUUUUCACUUCAUGCAUUCCCAGGGAAUUAAACGCAUUCUUAGCUGCUUUAAAGAUAGUUCACCCAAAAAUGAAAAUUCUGUGCUGAAAUACCCUCUAGUCAUUUCAAAAGUCGUAUGGCUUUCUUUUUUCCGUAGAACACAAAAGAAGAUAUUUAAAAAAAAUGUUACCUGGCACCCACUUUGCGCAUUGGUUUGUGUCCAUACAAUAGAAGUGAAUUGGGGCCAGUGCUGUUCGGUUACAAACUUUCUUCAAAAUAUCUUCUUUUGUGUUCUACAUAAAGAAAGUCAUACAAGUUUGAAAUGACAUAAGGGUGAAUAAAUGCAUGACAGAAUUACAAUUUUUGGAUGAACUAUUACUUUACAUUGAACUUGGCUUCACAAACAAUUUUAAGGUGAAAUGACUUUUAAAGGCAAAAAAAUGUAUUAUGAAUUUUAAAAGAUACUCUACGAUGCCAUAGAUGCAUAUGGCAUAAAAUAACCAUUUUUGGCUGAAUGGUUCCAGAAAGAACCUUUACCAUCCGAAGAACCUUUCUGUUUCACUUUUUUGUACCAUCCUAUAACGUUUUAUAUAUUAUAAAAAGUAAGAAGGAAAUGGUUCUUUUAAGACCCUUGGUGAACCAAAAAUGGUUGUUUUAUUGCAUCGCUAUGAAGAACCUUUUGUAGCACCUUUUUUUAAAGAGAUGAAAGGCUGCAUUUUAAGAAUUUACUGUAACUUACCAACUUCCCACUGAUGGAAAAUGACGUAGAAAAGAAGUGAUGAUGGCAAGAUACUUAUGCUAGUACAACAAAAGAGAACAAACCUCAAGUCAGAGUAGAGUUAAGCACCGGUUUAUUCAACUCCAACAUGUUUAUUUGUUAUUGUGAGCAAGUUUCUCACUGGGCCUGUUGUGUCCGUAUGUCAGCAAUGCGAGAAUGCUGCUGCUCUCGCUUUCCAGAAAAGCCCUGGCACAGAGAGGCACUGACAAACCCACACAAACAUGCUAGCAGCACAGAGUGCUCCACUCAUCCGCGGAGCGGACGCAGACAGGAAGAGAGAGAAUGAUAUUGAUGGAAGUUUAGAGAGCGUGCGUUUUAUGUACAAGGCAAGGGGAAGAUGGAUAGGAAGACAGAGAGGGAGAGAGAGGGAGAUGAGCGACUCCAUCAAUAACGGUCCAUGGAGUUAAAGUGGAUCUGUCUUCUAGCGGGCACUAUUGAAGCUGGCUGUACACAUCAUGGCAUGCUGCUGUUGUCCUGUUCCGUGCCUCAGAAACUGCUUCUUGUUUUCAGCGAUAUCACCUGCUGAGCUUGAUGCCUUAUGGAAUGACCCUCCAUACACUUUAGCAGCCGUCAGUGAGCUCUUUCCACCCAAUGACAUCAUGACAGCUGAUGAGGAAGCGGAGGCAGAGGUGGAGGCUGAAGGCAGAGGGAGUAACUGGAGUAGGAAGGAGGCAUUGAGCGGAAGCAGCACCAUAUCUUCAGGAGAGCGUUUUUCUCCAGAUCUCGUUUUAUUAUUCAGCGGUAGGCGACGAUCUAGUGUCCAGCCGGAUGUUAAGCUUCAGGAGGCGUUACGCACCAGACUCAGGGUUGUAGAAAGCAGCAGCCAGGACGUCGCACAUCUGUUCAAGGAUCUUUCUGCACGACUGGUGUCUGUUCAUGCUGAGAAGGACAGCUUUGUCAUCACUUUCAAGACCAUUGAAGAGAUCUGGAAGUUCUCUACUUAUUUGAAACUAGGAUACGUGGCAAGAUGUCUUGAGAACUUUCUGUGUGACCAGUUAUUGUGGCUGGACCCUGUGUUGCUCUGUGAUGUGGAGAUCUGUGUGACAGUGGAUGAGGAUCACUUAGCUACUAUUUACCUCGGACUCCUGACACAGGAAGGAACAUUCUGUGCCAAGGCUUUAGGCAACAGUGAUUGCAGAGAGGAUGAAGAUGAGCUGACUUACACGAGGAAUGAUCUGAUCAUGGUGAAAGACAUUGGUCAAGAGCCCAUGUGGGAAGGAACACAGCUGUCCACAGGCAAACAUGGUCAAGUGCCCCUGCAUGAUACGCAACCUCUCCCUUAUCCAUUUUAUCAGUGGUUUCUUAAGAAGUAUCCAGGCAAUGCAGGAGGGAUCUCGGUUACAGAAAGCCUCUUUGAUCAUUCUAUUGUGGUGGGGACGUGUGUGGCAAUAGUGGACCAUUACCCGGUGGUUAAAGAUGAGCUGCAUUUACACCAGGGCGACAUUAUCAAGAUCGAGGGAUUUCUUUUCCAUUCUGUGAACAUAUUUAUAGGAAAACAACUCACCAGUGGAGAGAUGGGCUUUGUUCACUUGGCCCAUGUAAAACCGGAGAAUAUAAAACCUCUCAAUGGACAAUUGGUCUUUCUGAGUGAGGAGGAAAGGGCAGCACUGUGUAAACUUAACCCGUGCUUUGAGUCCUGCCAGUCUGAUGUGAUGGGGAAUCUCUUCUACUCUGACAUAAGCACUGUGUACAGAUUAGACAGACUGGAUGACUCUGAUUUCACUUAUAUUAGAAACCAUCCAAAGUCAGAGCAGAAAACACCAGUAGAAAAUCCAAGAAAGAGUACCAUAUCAGAAAAGAGUGACACAACUCCCUACAACUCUUCUCCACGGCCGUCAUUCUACGCCUCUCGGGAUCAUCUCGAGAGAGAUGCCGAAGUGCUCCCGUUUAGCCUGGAGGACACCUUCCGAGAGAUGGAUGAAUAUGAGGAAGAUCCUCUAACUUUCAUGGAUGAGGGUAUCUGGGAGGCUGAUGAAGCAGAGAUGGCUGACCCAAUCCUGACCUUCCUAAACCUGGAACAUUUUCAGGACUCAUUGGAGACUCUUUAUGACCUCCGAUACUCUUUCCUGGACGCUGUCUUCAGUGGUCUUUCAGAGGACGAGGUUCUUCAGCAUUUGGAAAACUUGCGAGAAGUAGCUAAGAAAGGCAGGAUGCUGUGGGCCCAUCGGCGAGCCUGCUUCCUCCUAGGCAGGCUCUCCGCCAAGAAGCUGAAAUUUUCCCAGGCGCGAGUAUAUUUUGAAGAGGCAUUGAAAGUGCCUGUUAAUGGUUUUGAUGAUGAACCACUUUUGAUUGCCCUGUACAUCAAUCUCACCGCUGUUUAUCUGAAACAGAAGAUGAUGGACAAGUUGCGAUUAACCCUGGAGAAGGCCAGUGCACUGAUCCUGUGUCUUCCAUGCCACAACUUCUGCUCCGCGGAUGAGUUUGAGCUCCUCAAUCCUAUCAUGCACAAAGCCAUAAUCGAAAAGGACAAGUACCUUGAAGCUCGGACAUGCUACCUCUGCGUGUCACUCUUUCUUCGCCUGAGGAAAGUAGAGGAUGCUUUGCCGUUCGUUGAGAGACUUCAGUUUCUUACCAUCACUUUGUCUGCUGAUGAAGAGAGACCUAUUGCCCCAGUUGAUCUUAACUGGAUGCUGUGCAGGCUGUAUCAUAAAAAAUAUUUGCCCUAUCUUACACUAGCCUCUAUAAGCCUGGACUCAGAACAAGAACAUUCAUUGGACGAUGCAUUCCAGAAAAUUGAACUCUUUAUUAAAAACUCAGCCAGACUCAAUCCCCACUGGAAGGAAAAUACCUCAGUGCCUCCUGCACAGGUUGUGGUUUACCUUCAGCAGGCCUUGUCCAUAGCUAGCCAAGGGAAAGAUCUGAAGACUCAAAGAUAUCUUUGCAUUUGCCUGGCUGGUGUUUACCAGCAGCAUGGAGCUCUAGAAAAAGCUGUGCCUUUUGCCCACCAGGCGGCCCGGGCGGGGAGGAAAAUAAAUGAGGAGGAGGGCUUUGAGGCAUCUAUACUACUGGCCUGGCUUUUGGUUCUAACGGAGGAACCCGAAAAAGCCCAGUCCACCCUGUAUCCAUUGCUCAACUCUUUGAAUGAAACAGACAGUCCGGCACAGCGUGGGGUGGUCUACAACCUCCUAGCCCUGUGCUUCCGCAAACAGGGAAGAGUUCAAGAGGGUGCCAAAAACUUCCAUUGCGCCUUGCAGAUUUCCAGAGAGAAUGGGAACAAGAGGAAUGAAGCGCUGGCCCUGGCUAACAUGGGUUGCUUGUGUCUGUCUGUAGGGGCUUCUACCCUGGCAGAAUGUUUUCUGCUAAAUUCCCUACAACUCUACCAGUUUCUCUCAGAGAGCCCCACGGACGAGGAGCACGUCCAGACUCUUCUGUGGCUGGGCAGGAGCUUCAAGGACAGAGGAGGGAGUCAGGAAGUCAGGCUGUGCUAUGAGAUGGGUCUACUUAUUGCCAUUAAUGCCAAAAAUUUGCACAGUCAGAUGGUUGUGGCAAAUGUUCUAAGUCGUCAUUAUGCUGACUUGCUGCUAUACGGACAGUGUAUUGUUUACUAUGAGCAUUGUGUGGGGCUAUGCAGAACUCUAAAAAACAAAAAACUAGAAGGAGAAUAUCUGGAGAUGCUCAGCACCCUCUAUCUCUCAUUAAACACAGAGAAGUCUUCAAGGAAGUCUCUUGAUUACUCAAAGCAAAGCUUAAGGAUCUCCAUAGAUCUGGGGAAAAGACAGGAAGAGUCUGAGACGUGGCUGCAGGUGGGCCGUAUCUACUAUCUGAUCCAUGAGGAUGAGCUGGCUGACAUGUACCUUCAGGCAGCAGUAAAGACAGCCCUGAAGAUGAAUGAUCCAUGCUUUGCUAUGAGCAUUUAUGAGGAGGCGGGAGAUGUGUUUUUCAAGGGACACAGAAACCGCCUAGCUGCUCUACCUUUUUUCAGGGAUGGGAGUCUGCCGUUUGCCCGCAGUAUUAAUGAUGUGCACUCGGAGUUCAGGCUGUUGUGUAAACUCACAGAACUUCUAAUGAAACACAAACAGUAUGAAGAGGCUCUGCAAUACGCCACACUCGCAGUUCAGGUCAGCACCACCACUGAUGUGCCUCUGAAUGAGAGAGUGUCCUUCCAUCGUCUUGCAUCAGUGUACUUCUCUUUAGGGAAGUAUGAGAUGGCUGAAAACUACUACCUGAAGUCUCUUUCACUCUGCCCCAUUGCACUGGAACAUGCCAUUGAUGUUCGGUACAAUGUUAAAGUGUACUGUAGACUGGCUGAUCUGACCCUAUACAAAUUAAAGGAUCCGUUUGAUGCCAUGGGCUACUUCCACUUGGCCCUGGCAGCAGCUCUGGAGGACAAAGAAAGCCUGAGUUCGCUGUACAUCAUCUACAUGAAACUGGCAGAGAUCCAUGCCUACCACAUGCCUGAUGCAGAACUAUGUAAGAGAUACAUGGACAGUGCACAGAAUCUGAGAAGAGAACUGGCAGGAUACUCUGACUCUACGGACACACAGGACCAUGCAAAUGCAUACUGUGCUGAGUCUGUCGCUCAAACUAACACUGGCCUUUCACACUCCAGCAUUGGUCCAGAAUCCAGCACGACUAGCCUUAUGAUCCCUUCCCAGGGGGAGUCUGAUUUCAUGGUGUCUAACAUCAGUCACAAUGAAGACAUGGACACCCGGUUUACAGAGAAAACAGACUCCGAGACUUCUGAUCAUACCAAUCCAGAGACUAAUUGUACGGAUAAUACAAACCACACUAAUGGAAGUACAUUGACGGAAGCUUUGACAUUUGUAAUAUAGGAAUGGUUUGGAUGUGCAAGCAUGCAGGAUACACUUCAAGUUCUGUGCGACCAGUUGUUUAUAUUUGUGGGACAUUUUAGCGUGUGUUCUUUCUGUUUUAUUUUUCUUUUAUUAAACAUUUUCGGAAUAUAUGUGCUAUUGUGUUUAAAGAUCUUAUGAUGAUUUUGUAUAAUUGUAAAUAUGUAUUUUUAUCUAUGUGUAAAUAUUUGUUCUAACUUUGUGAAUCUGUUGUUAAAUCAGUUUUUUCUUUAUCCUGUCCAACUUUAAUUAAAAAUGAAAACUGUAA